UAGUAAGACAUUUUAUCGUUUGAGUAGGAAGUGGCAUAAAAAUAGGAUUGCCAACAAAAUGCGUGACGUCACUGCAAUGGAGCUAUGGAGACCCGAACUUCUAAAGUUACAAUCUACACAGUCGAACAAAUAAUUUUCCAAACGCAAAACGAACCGUUUUAAUAAGUUCAAGCCUUUUAAAGUGUAUAAGCAGUGUCCUUCGCGAGUGAUAUUUAAGUUACAACUACGACUUUUGAUCCAUGUUCUACUAUUGUGAUAUUUAGCUGUCGAAUGAAUAUCUUGGUUACCAGUUUUUAAAUAUUUAACUGUUUCCACCGAGGGGAAAAUGCAUAGAAACCAGCCGCCGUCCAUAACCGCUACCUAUUAUAGCUAGAGCUAAGGCAAACUAUGUGAUAUACACAUAGGUUUAAGGUGUAAGUGUAUAGAAAUAGCCAAAAUGCCUGUCGUCUCGCCUUCCCGGUUCACUUCUACCUCCUCCAGCUUGUCUGGGUCCCAUCGACUAACGUUUACGUCCUCAUCGAGUUUAGAGAAGCCAUACUUCAGAACGAGCAGUGGUUCUUACGUGUCAUCAACUUUGCGGAGCACAUACGGUGAUAAGACUUCGGAGUUCCGAUCGAGAUACUCAGAUGUCGACGGCAAAAGAGAAAGGAAGACUUCCCUCGUGGAAUAUUCCAGGAACUCCCGUGCUCCCAGUGUGACGGAUUCAGACAGUGGUAUAUCAAGCCGGUAUCGCUCCGAGCGUUCAGAAUCUAGAUCCCGCGAUAUUUCGACGACAAGAAGCGAAAGCGGGAAGCCGAGCGAACCUUCCAGAAACAAGCGAAGCGUAAUCAGUUCUGCUGCGCUAGCGAUGUCGCAAGCGGAUUUCUACAACAAGUACUCUCCAGCGAACUACGUGCCCUUAACUCAGAGGAUCAAAGAACAGCAACAGCAGCAGCAACAGAAUCAGAACAGCUAUGGGGAGAUAUCGAGGUCUAAGUCCAUAUCGAAUGACAUCGGGAGGCCUCCAGCUGCCGAUCCCAAGACCGCCAGGCGGGCAAGGAACUCCACGGCCGCUACUAUUGCUGAGAGACCCGAAGGAAGAAGAUCGUAUAAGGAAAGCUCACCUAGCUUCAGCAAAAGGAACUCUAUGUCCAAUGGCGCUAAGGAUAACAAUGGGAAUGAAGUGCCAUCUGUAUCUGAGACAAGGAAGAGAUUCGAUAAGAUGACUGUGACUAAACUUCCAGCGAAUGAACCGAGGCUUUCGCCCAAGACGUCAGUAGAGCAAUACCUGAGCCAGUUGAAGGACUGCGAAAACGGAACGGUGGGGUACACGAAACUGCCAAAAGACGACAAAAUAGUCCCCGUACAUUUGCCGUACGCCGAGAAAAACGGGUUGAAUCACAGAUGGGAAGUAGGAUCAUCGUCAUCUAGGUCCAAUUCUAACUCAGACUUGUCCAUUAGCAAAACCAUUUCAGAACCGGUGUCUUUAGCCAAGCCGGUCGUAGAUAAAAACUCUAUGUCGACGUCACUAACUUCCAAAUUGCCUUCCGAUCGCCUUGCCAGUAUUAAAAGUCAAUUAGAUCCUAAUAACCCCAUAGGGAAAAUUCUAGAGAAAUCCACUGUUAUACACGUAGAGAAUGGAGACGAUUACAAAAAGAAAAGUAGUCCAGAUGUGCUAAGUAAGAAGGAGUCUUUGAAAAACGAUAUAGAGAAGCAAGUGAAGGCUCCGAAACACACUUCUAAUUUCGCUUCGUUCAUACAGAUAUCUCAGCCUAUAGCGUCUAGCACAUCGCCGAAGAGGAACGAUAGUGAGGAAAAGGAUGGUCUGAGUGAAACAGGAAGAUCGAGAGUGAAGCUCAAGUAUAUAGAUUCAGAACAAGACGACAGAUUAGUUCUAGACAAUGAUAUCGAAUCACCGAGCGGGACAGGAUUCGAAAACAAAACAUUUGAGCAUGAAAACUUUUUGAAGAAACGUACAGAAAAAUCAGAAGAAGACAAAGAGGCUACGGAAGAUGGUGUCAAGUCUAUGGAGACGAGUACUGAGAGUACGUUCAGUGAGCCCACAGAAGAUUCCAGUCCAGAAACGCCGUCUGCUAGAAAGAAGAUUCUAGACUCGAAAGACUAUGAAGAUAUCAAAGCUGAGCUAGCGGGCGGCAAGAGUGGCCCCAGCGGGUUGCGUAGGAGCAGCGAGCGGUCCGACUCGGUGCCCGACGCGAGGGAGAAGACGUCCAGCCACACCAGCGGCUUGAACGGUCUCCGCAACAUCGGCAACACGUGUUUCAUGAACAGCGUGCUGCAAUGCCUGUCCAACACGCGGCCGCUGCUGGAAUACAUGCUCGAAGACAAAUACGCAGAUGAGCUGAACACCACGCUGUCUUGCAUGAAGGGCGCGCUCAUGAAAGCGUUCGGCAGCGUGAUCAAGGAGCUGUGGCGUACCGGCGAGUGCGAUUCCGUCGUCAACACGACUACCCUCAAGUCGCAAGUGCAAAGAUUCGCGCCGCGGUUCAUGGGCUACAGCCAGCAGGAUGCUCAGGAGUUCCUGCGGUACCUUCUGGAGGGUCUGCACGAGGACGUGAACCGCGUCACCGUCAAGCCGAAGCCGAUACUCACGGAGAUCGACGACAAUCUCAGCGACUCAGCCAAAGCAGCAGAAGCGUGGAAUCGCUAUCUUCGAAUGGAGGAUUCACGCGUCAGUGACAUCUUUGUGGGCCAGCUCAAGAGUACUCUUCGCUGUACGCACUGCGGACAUGACAGCGUCACCUUCGACCCGUUCUGGGACUUAAGCCUGCCGAUCCCGGCGCGUACGGGCGCGUUGCGGCUGCAGCAGUGUCUGCAGCACUUCACGCGCGAGGAGGAGCUGGACGGCGACGAGAAGCCGACGUGCUCGAAGUGCGGCGUGCGUCGCAAGUGCUUGAAGUGGUUCACCGUGCACAAGUUCCCGCAAGUUCUCGUGCUACAUCUGAAACGGUUCUCCCCAACCGAGCGCUUCCGCGGCAAACUGAACGUGCUCGUGGAGUUCCCGCUGACCGGCCUGGACAUGGCGCCCUACGCCGCCGUGCGCGCGCAGCCCGUCUACAACCUCUACGCCGUCAGCAACCACUCAGGAACCACAUACUCCGGCCACUACACAGCGUACUGCAAGCAUCCGUACACCGGCGACUGGCACGAGUAUAACGACUCCAGAGUAACACCGAUCAACCAGCGCAACGUGGUGUCGUCCGAGGCGUACGUGCUAUUCUACGAGCUGGCGCGGAACAGCGCGUAGCGAACGUGUUGCGCUCCAGCCCUCGAAUGGUCGAGUCUAAGUCACUUCGUAAAACUCUCAUAGUCUACUUGACAUUGUUUUUAAAUUCUUGUACAGCCUUUUCAAGGCAAGAGCGAAUAGGCACAUUGCAGAUAUGUACCAUCUUAGACUGCAUCUCACUUAACACCAGGUGCGAUUGCGGUCAAAUACCUGCCUUGUUAUGCAUAAAAAACAGUCAGUGUUACAUAGUUCGUGACACCCAAAGUAGCCAAAAAGUUCGCGACACGUCUUUGUUACAAUAGGGAUGUUUCCUGGGUCAAAAAGCAAGAGUUUUAAUUAGUCCGUCAGUUAACUUAUCACUUUUUCAAACUAAUGAAAAUUUAAAGAGAUAAAGCGCGCCAAAGUUGUUAAGAAGAGGCCCGUGACGUCAAUGCGUGCAUAAAAGUGCCGCACGUUGUGACGUCGUGCGGAACUUCAACGCACCAUAACUAUGUAAUUAUUUGUUAGAUUGACAAAUAAAAAUAUGUGUCCAAUAUUUUUUGAUAUUAAACAUGACGGACUAAAAAAAUUUUUUUAGGAAACUAGCCUAUUGCAAUAAGGUUGUGUCAACUUUUUGGCCACUUUGGGUGUCGCGAACUAUUUGACCAAUAUAGAGCACAUCACAUUUUCGUUGCAAUAUAGCCCCUAUCACAAGUACAUAGAUGCCACAGUGUUUAGGCUAGGUCUCUUUCAGACUUUGACGUCGACGUGUGGCGUCAUAGGAACGUUUGACGAUGACGUCACUCGCCACGUUUAGCGUUUGAUUGAUGUGCUAUUGUCUGUAUUGAAUUUUUUAGGGAUGGGCCGAGUUUUAAAACCCUCUACAUGUUAAAAAAGAACAACCCUCCUGACGCAGUUGGGUAAAAAUCCUUUGAUUUUCGAUCUUAUGACAAGAGAAUAAGGUUCAAUUUAUGAUAGCAAUAUACGCCAGAGCCGUUUAAAGGUCAACUCGAUUAAUACUAUAAACCUAGGUGUCUUUAUUACUCGAAUAAAUUGGUAUUUACCGAGAAAGCAUGCUUCAUCAUCAUUUACCAUUAGGUAUGAUUGAGAUCAAAUGGGGAAUAAAAUGAUCGAUUUUAUGGCAAUAUCGAUAAACCAAAUGUAGAACGAUGGCCCAUCCCUAGAAUUCAUUUUAACCUGAAAUUAACUAAAAUGCAAUUCAAAAUGUAAAAUGUAACUUUUUUUAUUUGUCAAGUAGUCUAUUAAAUCUAUAGUACCAUGUGAAUAGCCCUUUAGCCCUACCGGGAUCUUAAGCCUUUGAUUUUGGACCUUAACGCAAGGGAAUAUGGUUGAAAAUACGUCAACAUUGGUAUAGUCUGGUCUGUGAGCACGUAGAAUUUUGUCCAAUGACCCCAAGCUACCCAUCCUUAUCGCUCGCGCGUAAUUAUAUUGCUGUCGCGCUCGCACACUCACUGCGGGCGCCCGUCGCACAGUCGCGACAGCAACAUAAUUACGCGCGAGCGAUAAGGAUAGGUAGCUUGGGGUCAUUGGACAAAAUUCUACGUGCUCACAGACCGGGCUUUAGUUAAGGUCUCGGUGGGGUAACUUAAAAAAACUACUGUUACAAGUGUGUUUUGGCAUUUAAGCAAUGCUUAGUAUUUCAUAAUAUUUUAUUUGAGUGAGUUGGUUUAUUCGGUUUGACAAUAACACGUUAAAAAAAUUUCAAAUCGCCCUUAGCUUCCAAAUCUGACUUUAUCACUUACAAAAUAAGGUUUAAAAUAAUUUUUGGUCACAUAAUAGUCAUAUCAGUGAUAAUAGUUCCGAUUCCCGCCAAUAGAUGGCGUUGCUCAACAAAAAUCUCCACAGAUUACAGCGAGCACUUGUCAAAUCGAAAGUUUAAAUUGUAAAAAUGGAUAUGUUCACAGUUGCUUAGGGAGCUAACAAACAGGUAAAAUUAAGUGUGGACCGUUUAUGGGGGGUUAGGGGAGCCCACAGAAUAUACGGUAGUUGGCACCAUUAAUCAAUAAAUUCCGAAACAAAUUAUGAAAAAAACAAUUGAAAACCUAGAUAAGGUUUCAAUUGGCUGUUAAGUUUGAUUUUUACAAUCUUAAAUCAAUAAAUAGUUAGUCAAUUGACUAAUGGUGUCGAUUUCCCUAUUUUGAAAGCUCUUGUGACGUCAUUUUACAACAGUAUUAGUAAAUCAAUGUUUAAUUUAUAUUUCAGUAUUUUUACCUUGUACCGUAUUUUCCUAGUAUUGAUUUCUGCACGAUGUAUUAGUAUUGAAAAAUCUGUGAACUCGAAUUAUAUCUUAUUUUGAUAUGACAAAGAACUAAUAGUAUUAUUACAUUUAAACUGAUGACGUCACAACAGCUGUAUAAUAAAACUAUUUAUUUAUUAACAAAGCCCCCUCGUAAACGUCUUAUUAAAUAAGGUUGCCUUCUUAGUAUUUUAUUACCAUGUAAAUGUAUUAGAUACCCAUCUAAAUAUUAAAUUUUGUUGUUAGAACGAGCAAUAACGUAGCUUUGUUACUCAUAUGAAAAAUUCUGGGCAAAUAUUAUAUUGCCUCGGAAGCGAUGUUGAAAAUAGGUAAAUAAAUACAGUUAUUUAUGUAUAACUGUUUUUUUAUUUACCCAAAAUGCGGAUAUUUCAAAGAUGGCAACCCUAUGAUACAAAAUGGCGGCACGCCAAUGUUUGAAAGAUUGUAUGAUCGUUUUGUUUUUGUACAUUAUUAUAUAAUUCUAUUAAUUGUUGAUAUUAUAAUUAUUAUUGUAAAUUAAUUCUCAUUUUCAUUAUUUUCACAAAGGAAUCUUAACUUAACCAAAGAAGUCGCUAAAUUGUUGAAAAUCACCGUAAUUAUUAUUAAAUUAUUAAUAAAUAAUAUUAAAUUAAUUUAUUAUUAUUGUAAUUGUAUUUUAUAAUAAUGAACCGGGACUGGCGUCCUUGUAAUAUUUAUGUAUAGAUACGUAACAGAUUUCUAUUAUAGAAAUAUAUAUUUAAAUGAAUAAUUAUUUAAAAA